ACUCCACCGCUCCCAUCCCCCUCCACCACCGCCCUCCUCCUCCUCCUCCCUUCUCCUCCACCAUCUCUCUCUCUCUCUCUCUCUCUCUCAAGCUUGAAGCUGCGAAAGAGCGGAACUUCCGACGCCCGUCUCUGCAUUCUCUCGAAGCUGCCGGCGGCUGACAUGGCGCUCCUCCUGUUCGCGGUCCUCCUGCUCGCCGUCACCGGCCACUCCAGUGCGACUUGGUGCGUGUGCAAGGACGGGCUGGGCGACGCGGUGCUGCAGAAGACGCUGGACUACGCCUGCGGAGCCGGGGCGGAUUGCUCGCCCAUAAAGCAGACCGGGUCGUGCUACUCGCCCAACACGGUGCGGUCUCACUGCUCCUACGCCGUCAACAGCUUCUUCCAGAAGAAGGGCCAGGGUCAGGGCACCUGCGACUUCGCCGGCACCGCCGCCGUAUCCACCACGGACCCCAGUGUUAGUGGUUGUGUGUUCCCUUCUAGUGCCAGCUCGGGCAGCACAUCCACGACCCCAGUCACAACCACUCCGUCCACGACCCCUCCGUCCACCACCACACCGUCCACAGCAACACCAUCCACCGCCACACCGUCCACUGCCACACCAUCCACCGCCACUCCCACAACAACCACCGGAACCCCGACCACCACGGCCACUCCCUUCACAGGGACCCCGACGGGAGUUAUGGGAGGAGUCGGCACGGGCAUGAGCCCGACGGGGAUCAACACCGACGUCAGCGAUGCGGGCCUCAGGAGUCUCUCCAGCGGCUGCUGGCUCUGCUUUUUCACUGCCCUUCUGGCCUCUUCCUGGCUCAUGCCACUGUGGAACUGAAUUGGAAGGGUUAAAAGAGUGUUGAAACUGUGGAGCUUGUGAAGUGGUGGGGAUUUGGGUCAGAAGAUAGAGUGAGACUGCACAUAGUUUGUGCAUACGUGGGUAUGACUAUGCAGUGCAUGUGACUCUACUGUGGUUUUUUGUAGGAUACUAUCUCUUUAAGUACUAAAAAUUUGCCAGACUUGUCUUCUUUCUUUGGGGUCUCUUGUCCUUCCUUUUCUCUCUUACAUGGUGAAAAAGGUGGAAAAAACAAAGAAGGGAAGGGCCUUGGAUUCCUCCUGGAAAGUGGUGGGCUCGUGCUUCAUAUGGUUACUGUGUCAGUUUAGAAUUCUAGGUUAGGAGGAUUUGACAGUCCUCCCUGUUCCUAAGCUAUUAUUAUAAGUGAGACUGCAGCAGCAUACUAUCUGUAUCAGCUUAUUGUCCUGUUGUUUCUGGAUGACCAUUUUCACAA